AUGAUCUUCCUCCAAGGACGUCCGCAAAGGUCGAUUGUUGGCCCGGUGACGUGCAACACCGUGAAGAUGUACUCCUCCUGGCCGGAUAAUGUGAAAACGCGUGUCAGCUGUGACGUGGUGCCUUUGUGGUUCCCCAAAGGAAGCGGGCACAAGUGGAAACCAUUGUUCAGGCCAUGCGCUACUCAGAGGCUUUUCUUACCGAACAUGCUUCCUGAUGUGGAUGCCGUCCUCUACGCCGACACGGACGUCGUAUUCGUCCAUCCUAUCGAAGAUUUCUGUAGAAUGUUCUACGCCAUGAACGAAUGGCAGAUGGCUGGUAUGGCGCCUGAGACCGAGCACUUAAAAAACAACUGCUACUUAAGAGAAAAGAUUCGCCGCCCAUACGUACCUCCUUUAGGUCUGAAUUCAGGGUUGAUGAUGAUGAACCUAACGCGUAUGCGUGUCUUUAACCUGGAGGACCACAUGACACGCCUGCUCGAAGAGUUCCAGGAGCGCAUUGUUUAUGGAGACCAGGACCUGCUGAACAUCUUCUUUACCCGAUAUCCUCAAGGCAUAUUCACCUUCACGUGCCGUUGGAACUACCACGCAGAGCACUGCCUAGGCGACGCCCUGUGUGCGGACGGCCCCAUCUCUGCGAUACACGCCUCGCGGAAAGUGGUCCUCCUCAAGCAAGUGCCGGCGUUUGUCGCUCUUCAUGCGGCUAUGGGAAACGUGAGUGCACCUUCGCUCAUAAAUGUGGACGUGCUCGGGAAGUUGAAGGAAGCUUCCUUCAAGCUCGGACAAAACCUUGUGGAUCACUUUAUCGUUCCCCUUCGCACAAGUCUUUGGAACACAAAUCUUUCGAACACUGCUUCGACGGGAUGUACCAAAGAGCUCAGGCAGCAGCUGCAUCUGCUUCGGCUAGCUGCAAGUCGUGUCGACAACAUGACGGCCCAAGCUGCGGCCGCAAAUGGAACGUAG